GCACCAGCAAAGCAAGAAAAGGAAAUCAUAAACCUCAUCACCAAGUCCUUACAAUUAAUUUGCAACUAGUCUUAUCAAAAAAAAAAAAGAGAGAAAAAAACAAAAAAAUCUCAUCAUCAAGGUUCUUGAGAGCGCACAAAAAAAGAAGAGAGAGUUAGAAAUUUAAGGCAAGACAGUAAAAAGUUGAGAGAAGAAAAUGGCAGAUAGUUCAGUAUCAUUUUUAUUGGACAAACUGAGUUGGUUACUUCAAGAAGAAGUAAUUCUACAAAAAGGGGUCCGUGAAGAUGUUCAAUACAUCAAAGACGAACUCAAACGCCACAAUGCCAUCUUAACGAGAGAUGAUGCAUUGGAAGACAAAGAUCCUGAACUCAAAGUAUGGGUUAAAAGGGUAAGAGAUAUUGCUCAAGAUAUGGAAGAUGCUAUAGAUGAAUACAAUCUUCGCCUUGUCGAUCAUCGACAAGGGAACAACAAAAAUUCUUCUUUUCACAAGGUUGCUUUUGACAUCAAGACCAUGAAACCUAGACACAGAAUAGCUUCAGAUAUUAAAAAAAUCAAAUCCAAAGUUGAAGCUAUCACUCAAGGACGUCCAAUGAUAUCUGGUGUAGGUUCAAGCUCAAGUCAAAGGCGUUCAUCAAGGCUUGAUAGUCAAGGUGAUGCCCUUUUGCUAGAUGAAGCUGAUUUAGUUGGAAUUGAUCAACCAAAGAAGCAGCUGUGUGAUUUGCUUUUCAAUGAUGAACCAAAGAGAGAAGUGAUUUCAAUCUAUGGUAUGGGAGGUUUAGGGAAGACAACAUUGGCAAAACAAGUCUAUGAUGAUCCAAAAGUCAAGAAACAUUUCAGGAUUCAUGCUUGGGUUAAUCUCUCCCAAUCUAUCAAAAUGGAAGAGAUACUGAAAGACCUUGUACAAAAACUCCAUAAUGUUUUUGGAAAACCUGCUCCAGAAUCAAUUGGAACGAUGAAUAAUGACGAUCUGAAAAAGUUUAUCCAGAAUUUUCUUCAGAGAAGUCAGAAGUAUCUAAUAGUGCUUGAUGAUGUGUGGCAUGUGAAAGUAUGGGAUGGCCUCAAUCAUGCUUUUCCUAAUAACAACCGUGGAAGUAGAGUGAUGCUUACGACGCGCAAGAGAGAUAUAGCUUUGUAUUCUUGUGCUGGAUUGGGUAAGGAUUUUCAUCUUGAAUUCUUACCUGAGAAAGAAGCUUGGUCUCUUUUUUGUAGGAAGACAUUUCAAGAUAAUUCAUGUCCUCCUCAUCUUGAAGAAGUUUGUAGGAAUAUCUUGAAAUUGUGUGGAGGGUUGCCACUAGCAAUUGUGGCAAUCAGUGGUGCUUUGGCGACAAAAGAAAGAUCAAACAUAGAAGAAUGGCAGAUAGUUUGCAGAAGUUUUGGUUCUGAGAUUGAAGGCAAUGACAAAUUGGAAGAUAUGAAUAAAGUAAUUUCAUUAAGUUUAAAUGAGUUACCUUCUUAUCUUAAAUCAUGUUUGAUGUAUUUAACCAUCUUUCCGGAAUUUCACGCUAUGGAGACUUGGAGAUUGAUUCGGUUGUGGAUAGCUGAAGGGUUUGUAAAUGGUGAAGAUGGUAAGACACUUGAGGAAGUUGCAGACAGUUAUCUUAAGGAGCUUUUGGACAGAAGUUUAAUCCAAGUUGUGGAAAAAACCAGUGAUGGAAGGAUGAAGACGUGUCGAAUGCACGGUCUUCUAAGGGAAAUUGUUAAUUCUAAGUCAAGAGAUCAGAACUUUGCAACAAUAGUUAAAGAACAAGAUAUGGUAUGGCCUGAGCGAGUUCGACGUUUAUCGGUCAUAAAUCCUUCGCAUAAUGUAUUACAACAAAAUACGACUACAUUUCAUCUUAGGUCUCUGCUAAUGUUUGGAUUAUCAGAUUUACUCAAUCAGUUUUCUCUUCAUGAAUUAUGCUCCUCCAAUGGUGUUCAAUUUCUCAAUGUACUAGACUUGCAGGAUGCACCUUUGGAUGAUUUUCCUGCUGAAAUUGUCAACCUUUACCUUCUGAAGUAUCUAAGUUUGAAGAAUACAAAGGUGAAAAAUAUUCCAGGUUCCAUUAAGAGGCUGCAAAACCUUGAGACAUUGGAUCUUAAGCACACGUCUGUAACUGAACUGCCUGUUGAAAUUGCGGAGCUGAAACGGUUACGCCAUCUCCUCGUGUAUCGUUACGAGAUUGAAUCUUAUGCUAAAUUCCACUCAAGGCAUGGCUUCAAGGUGGCUGCACCUAUAGGAAACAUGCUAUCAUUGCAGAAGCUUUGUUUCAUAGAGGUAGAUCAAGGAAGUGCAGCCUUGAUGGUUGAGCUAGGAAAACUUACUCAACUUAGGAGGCUAGGCAUAAGAAAAAUGAGGAAAGAAGAUGGUGCUGCUUUGUGUUCAUCCAUUGAGAAGAUGAUCCAUCUUAGGUCACUCUCCAUAUUUGCUAUAGAAGAAGACGAGGUAAUCGAUAUUCAUGACAUUUCAAACCCUCCUCGCUAUCUUCAGCAGUUAUACUUGAGCGGUCGCUUAGAGAAGUUUCCACAAUGGAUAAAUUCUUGCAAGAACUUGGCUAGAGUUUUCUUAAAGUGGAGCAAGUUAGAGGAGGAUCCUCUUGUGUAUCUUCAAGGUUUGCCAAAUCUUCGACAUCUUGAAUUACUUCAAGUAUAUGUUGGUGAAAUGUUGCAUUUCAAUGCAAAAGGGUUUCCAAGUCUAAAGGUGUUAGGCCUUGAUUAUUUAGAAGGACUCAAAUAUAUGACAAUCGAAGAAGGAGCAAUGCAAGGUCUUAAGAAGUUGGUCAUGCAACGAUGUAGUUCAUUCAAGAAUGUACCAGUAGGGAUUGAACACUUGGCUAAGCUAAAAGCAAUUGAGUUCUUUGAUAUGCCUGAUGAGUUGAUUAUGGAUCUGCGUCCAAAUGGAGGCAAAGAUUUUUGGAGAGUACAAAAUGUUCCAACAGUUUAUUCUACUUAUUGGAGGAAUGAUGGUUGGGAUGUUUAUUCAUUAGAGACUUUUGGGGAUAUAGAGAGUGAUGUUGACCAUCGUAUAGCAAUGAGGACUCUUCAGCUUCCUACUCUUUGGAAGGCUUAACUUAUUUUGAUUGUUAUUUAUUUAUUCUUUUAACACGCUGCGUAUAUGACAGUGGUGGAAGAUUUCUGUUAAAUUUAUGUUAAGUUUCAACCAAAUAAAUAAGGGAGUAUAAUAUGUUUUAUGAACUCUUUGAGAUGCAGAAUAAAAAUGUAUUGUUCAA